AUGGCGGACGGUAUUGACAGACGCGCUGAUGACCGGAUGGAGUUCAACACCUCGAAGGAGGUCACUGUGGCUCCUACCUUCGAGGACAUGCACCUGAAGGAAAGCCUUCUUCGUGGUAUCUACGCUUAUGGCUACGAGUCCCCCUCCGCUGUUCAGUCCCGUGCGAUCGUUCAGAUCUGCAAGGGUCGCGAUACCAUUGCCCAGGCGCAAUCCGGUACCGGUAAGACAGCUACGUUCUCGAUCAGUAUCCUCCAGGUUAUCGAUACCGUUGUUCGCGAAACCCAGGCCCUCGUUCUCUCCCCUACCCGCGAACUUGCCACCCAGAUCCAGUCCGUCAUCAUGGCCCUCGGCGACUACAUGAACGUCCAAUGCCACGCCUGUAUCGGAGGUACCAACAUCGGAGAGGAUAUUCGCAAGCUCGACUAUGGUCAGCACGUUGUCUCGGGAACGCCCGGUCGCGUUGCCGACAUGAUCCGCCGCCGCCACCUGCGCACCCGGCACAUCAAGAUGCUGGUUCUCGAUGAAGCCGACGAGCUCCUGAACCGCGGCUUCCGCGAGCAGAUCUACGAUGUCUACCGCUACCUGCCCCCGGCCACCCAGGUCGUGGUCGUCUCCGCCACGCUGCCCUACGAUGUGCUCGACAUGACGACCAAGUUCAUGACCGACCCCGUGCGCGUGCUGGUCAAGCGUGACGAGUUGACGCUCGAAGGCAUCAAGCAGUACUUCAUCGCCGUCGAGAAGGAGGAGUGGAAGUUCGAUACCCUGUGCGAUCUGUACGACACCCUGACGAUCACGCAAGCCGUCAUCUUCUGCAACACGCGCCGCAAGGUCGACUGGCUCACCGACAAGAUGCGCGAGGCCAACUUCACCGUCUCCAGCAUGCACGGCGAGAUGCCUCAGAAGGAGCGCGACAGCAUCAUGCAGGAUUUCCGCCAGGGCAACUCGCGGGUGCUGAUCUCCACCGACGUCUGGGCGCGUGGUAUCGAUGUCCAGCAGGUCUCCCUGGUCAUCAACUACGACCUCCCCACCAACCGUGAGAACUACAUCCACCGUAUCGGUCGUAGCGGUCGUUUUGGCCGCAAGGGUGUCGCCAUAAACUUCGUCACCAGCGACGACGUGCGCAUCCUCCGCGACAUUGAAUUGUAUUAUUCCACUCAGAUCGAUGAGAUGCCUAUGAACGUUGCCGAUCUUCUUUCCUAA